AUGCGGCCUUUGCCUGGCGACGAUGUCUUCGGUGAGCGCGCUCGAAGCACCAGUUUCGAUAACGACCAAACGCCCCUCGGCACUCGUGCCCAACCUCCGCAAAUGUCCUACUUCAUAUCCGACGAGAAGACCAUGGAGGCCUCGCAGUCUCGGUCACCAAGUGGCCUGCCCAAACAACGAGACACGGCAAAGAGCAACUCCUAUGGCGUUGAGAGUCUCGAGAACACGAUAAGCUCUCUCGCUCAAGACAGCGACGAAAACGACGAGAUGCUCCAUAAGGCAAGACAUAAUCGGAAGAAGAACUUGGGGCAGCGCAUGUCAAGGAAAUCCGAAGAAGACCUUUCCCAGCCAACCUCGCCGUCUACAAAGUCCUCUACCGGUGCUAGCAGGAAUGUCUCGCCCUCAUUUCAACGCCCUACCUCCCAAGCCUCGAUAUCGAGGCCUUUCACACCUCUGUCUUAUGGCUCACCUGCCCCUCCCUCGCUCUUGAGUAGUCCAGACUCUCGCAGAAACUCCGACGCAGGCUCGUUGAUGGAUGAUGUAGCCAGUCAAGCUAUCGUCUCGAGCGGGGAGGAGGACAAACACUUGGGAUCUGAGAUGAUGGAUAGUGGAAGCGCCCCUCAGCUGGUGAUGCCGAGUAUUAAGAUGCCAAGUAGGCGUCCAUUUACGGAAAGAGGGAAGAAUAUGGGCAGAUUGAAGGUGCUGAUUGCUGGGGAUUCUGGUGUUGGCAAGACUUCCCUGAUCAAGGCGAUUGUCCAAGUCUGCGAGGAUAUUGUUCAUGUAGACCCUCUGUCCGCCACUCCCAUCUCCAUACCCGAGACUAAGCACAGAGGUUCGCGGACCAAGUCAAGAAGUGGAAGUGCAGAUAUGCAGGCUACAUCACAGAUCACGGAGAUAUAUGCCAGCACCCGAGCAUACCCAGCCUGGUGGUCUGACUUAGAGGAGAGCCGGAUUUUGCGUAGAAGAAAGAGCAUGGGAGAUUCUGUUUUAGAGAGAAACUUGUGCUUUGUGGACACCCCAGGCUAUGGCUCUCAAAAUUCUUGCCUGGAAUGUAUAACCCCAGUUAUCGACUACAUUGAAUGUCAAUUUAAAAAAGUCACGACUCUCGAUGGCAUGAGCGAGCCCGAAAUGGUAAAUUUACUGAGUGGGAAUGGCGGUUCUCAAGUUGACGUAGUCCUAUAUGUCAUCUAUAACAGGCUGAAGUCCGUGGAUUUAGAAUAUCUGCAACGCUUAUCAGCUCUGACGAACGUCGUCCCAGUUGUUGCUCAAGCGGAUACCCUUUCUGCUGAACAGAUAUCAUUGCUUAAAGAGCAUAUAAUGAGCGAGCUUCAGGUAGCCAAUAUCAAACCGUUCCUAUUCGGCGUUACCCCAGAGGCUGCCCAGGGGCAGCACACGUCUCAACCAACCCCACCCUACACAAUCUCCACGACACCCUCCAAAGACAACGAAACAAUGGAAGCCAGUCUUCUAAUGUCACCUGAAUAUAUCCAGCCUCUCAUCCCCUCUGAACUCCAAACCCUUGUAUCCCAGAUUUUCGAUCAAGACUCCGUAUCAUGGCUCCGACACUCAGCCGGCAAGAAAUUCCUCGCCUGGCGCGCGUCCUGCACCCCCACAUCUAAACCGCAAUCUCUCUAUCGCCCCCUAAAUUCCUCCAUGACCUCUUCACAAAGUCUCACAGCACCAGUUGGCGUAACUACUUCCUACGCACUAGCAAGAAUUACGGACCACACGCAACGCGAAGAGCGCAUCGCUCAAGUCAGACUCGCGAACUGGGCAGCGGACCUGCAGCGAAGUCUCCAUAACGAGCGCGCUAGGUUCGAGGCUCUAGCAAAAAGCGAACGAGCGUUGUGGCUUACCGAGAGAUUGGGCGAGUGCGUGCAAGAUGGCACCAUCGUGCCGCUUUCUCAGGCUAGGAAGAAAGAGCCGGCUUAUGUUCCUACAUCUGGGACAUUAGUAAAGACAGGUACGUACUCGAGGAGACGGCGAACGGAGCACGAUGUGAUGGGCGGCGUGGACCGACACGAUCCUCUCGGCCUCUUGGUACUUAACGAGGAGCUCAAGCGGAAAGGCUGGGUUGUUCUAAAAGUCGUGAGUAGUUUCGGGGUUAUAGGUGGUCUUGCGUUCUGGAUCACGCGUACGCUGCAAGGCUCUGAGACGGAGACGGCGAUGUGGGGCUAUGGGGGACUGGGAAUCCGAGACUGGCUUGAGCUGGGAUUUGUUGAUUGGAGAGCGUAG